AUAUCUAUAUUUAUAUCUAUAUCUAUAUUUCUGUCUAUCUAUCUAUCUAUCAAUCACUCUGAGUUCGAGAGUUGGAGUCACCGGCCGGAGCCGGUGACUCCCCUGGCCCUUCCGCAGCAGUUAUCCAAGGUUCCCUUCUGUAGGUCGUCGACGCCCCUGUGUCCGUCGUGGUCCUUCCGCCAUCUUGGUUUGGCCGGCAGCCUCUCUUGCAGCUUCGAGGCGCUAGUGCGUGAGUGUGUUGGCCUCCGUUUCGGACAGCAUGGCCGCGGGCAGAGCGAGGCCCUUCCGGGCGGCCAGCCCUCCCUCGCAGGCCCGGGCUUCCCUCCGAGGCGCCGCCGACGCGCCUGCGCAGGAAGCCUCCGGGCAGCGCCUGCGUCGCCCUCUCCCCCUCCCCCCCUCCUUCGUCGCCCCUUGACCCGCCGGAGGGCCUGUCAGUCCAACAUGAAGUCGCGUCGAGGCUGGAAGUGCGUCGGCGGGCGGCGCCCCUCCGCACUCCCUCGGGGCCCUCUCCUGCUGGCGGCGGCGGUGGCGGUGGCGGCCGCGUCCGUCGCAGCCUCGGCCGCCGCGGCGCCGCCCGCCGCGCCCUCCUCGGCGCCCAUCUACGACCUGGCACUCGACGCUAACAACAGCCACCACGUCUUCUGGCGCGUGGACCGCGCGGCGCAGCGGCUGGACUUCGAGGUGCACACGCGCGGGCGCGCACUGCAGCCGUGGCUUGCCAUCGGCUUCUCGGACCGAGGCCGCCUCGAGGGCGCCGACGUGUGCGCUCUCUGGGUCGACUGGCGCGGCCGAGUGCGCCUCCAGUUCGGUCCCGCCAUUCAGCGGGGGAAUGAGGACAUAGUUCACCACAUGGAGGUCUUCCACUGCGAAUACCCGCCUGAUUUCCAGGUUCCGUUGUACCAGGGUCCGUGUCACUCUCCCGACCGCCCGCGCGAAAUCGACGCCUGCAAGAGGGUGCUGGCGGCCUGGGCCAUGGGGGCGUCCGCCUUCGUCUACCCUCAGGAAGCUGGUCUACCCAUAGGAGGCCCGGACUUCAACCCUUUCUUGAUGCUGGAGGUUCAUUACAACAACCCAGGACUACUUGCAGGCCGCGUGGACAGCUCUGGAAUCCAGCUGCACUACACCCCCCGGCCGCGGCCAUACGACGCAGGCAUCAUGGAACUUGGCCUCGAGUACACGGCCAAGAUGGCCAUCCCGCCAGCCUUGCCCUCCUUCACCCUCGCGGGAUACUGCAUCCCGGAGUGCACGGCGCUGGGCCUGCCACCGGAGGGCAUCCACAUCUUCGGGUCGCAGCUCCACACGCAUUUGACCGGCGUGCGUGCGUGGACCAAGCACCUGCGUGGGAGUGAGGAGUUGCCGGAGCUCAACAGAGAUGACCACUACUCCACGCACUUCCAGGAGAUUCGGCGACUGGCCAAGCCCGUGCAUGUGCUGCCCGGCGACACCCUCGUGAUGGCGUGCGAGUACUCGACGAAGGACCGCGUCAACGUCACCCUCGGGGGCUUCGCCAUCAGUGACGAGAUGUGUGUCAACUACGUGCACUACUUUCCCAAGGUCGACCUCGAGGUGUGCAAGUCCUCGGUGGAUUCGGCGACGCUCGUUGAUUACUUCGACUUCUUAAGGAGAUGGGAGCUCCAGCCCACCUCCCGCGAGCAGAGUUGGCGGGAGAAUUACGAGGCGAUCGAGUGGACGCCGCUGCGAGCCGGGGUGCUGGCGGACCUGUAUGACCACGCCCCCUUGUCCAUGCAGUGCAACAAGUCGUCUGGAGCGAGAUUUCCGGGAUUUUGGGAAAACAUGUCGAUUCCCAAAGCACUGCACCCUCUUCCUGAACCUCAAAGAAAAUGCGACCUUAAGAGCGACGCAAUGGGAGAAAACGAGAGCCAAGAAACUGGAGAGACUUUGUUAAAUUAG